UGAGCAGGCUAAGAAAUGGCCGAAGCGUUCUGUUUCUGUAAAAAAGUUUGGGUUUGCUACAAGAUUGUUUGAUGUUUUGAUGAGAAGGUGAGUUGUACUGCAGUUCAAUUGGCAUAAACUUUACUUUGAAGUAUAGAUAUUUUAUACGGAAGUAUCGAACAUACAGUGUUUUAUAUAGUAUAUAAAUAAUAAAUGCUUGUAAAAUCAGUCAGUACGUUGUCCAAUUUGUAUUAUGUCGUGUUUUAGUGUUAGAUGGACCGACGGACUUAGUAUGGAAUUCUAGUUCUGUUGUCCAAUCUUUCAACCAUACCUGUAUGUGUACUAAAAGUAUCAUUAUGCAUCAGUCAAAUCCAAGCGUGCCCAUCCCCCCCGGGCCACCCUGGGGCAUUUUCCUGUAAAGCACGCCCCUGGGGUUGGGCAUUUGAACUCAAACCUUCACCUGGGGGCGGGGCAUUUGAAUUUAAGAAUUUGGAGGUUUUAAGAUCACCGAUAACUUGAUAAUAAUAUAAAACAGAACAAUACCAGUUUCAGAAUAUUUCAUAAAUAUAAACCAGUCAAGUUGCAUGAAUUUGAAUCACGCCACAAGCAUUAAAAAUCUGAAUGCGCUAGAGCAUGAUUAUGUAUUAUGUAUUAUGAAUUUAUAUAUCCCCAAGCUUCUUUAAUAUGCAUAUUUUGUUUGGCAUGCAUAUUAUUAAAAAUUAUUGGAUGAGGCUGAGCAGGAUAUCCAGAAUUAUUUAGGCCGAGGUCAAUGUUAUCUGCUGAAGGCUGAGGCAGAUAACAUUGACUGAGGUCUAAAUAAUUCUGGAUAUUCUGUGCAAGCCGAAUUCAAUAAUUGUUUUACUAUUCAUUUUGUGACAGAAAGAAAACAAAACAAGCAACAAUAAUUGAAAACAAAUAAAUAUUCAUUGAGUUGAUUAACUUUUUGUAAAUUCAACUAAAAAUUUCCUGCCAAUUUGUAUUUUCACAUAAAAUACCGCUGAAAUAUCUCGGGCUCCGUCCAAUAACCUCUGCAGAUUACUGUUUCCGCUGGAAAUAGCGCAGGCACCUACAAAUACCCAAAAUUAUUUGUAGGCUCUCGAGAACACAGUACAAUGAAUAAUAAUACAUCUUAUGUAAUAACAGUUUAGCUAAUUUUUAAAUUGAUUAUUUAUGGUAUUUUUGACUUUUUUAUUUGUUUGAUGCCACAAGAAACAAUUUUAACUUGUACAUUUACUACACUGUUGAUGAAAGGGUCUUAAUUUAGUAGAUCGACCUCCAGCCCUAUAUAUAAUUAGUGUCAAUUUUGCAGAUUGUAAAUUAUGAUAAUUGUGUUUUUAGCUGUAGUUACAAUGGCUGAAUCACUUCGAUAUAGAGUUGAGGAACAUUUGACUUGCUCUGUUUGUUUGGAACCAUUUAAAGAUCCCAAAGUUUUACCUUGCCUUCAUUCAUAUUGUCAUGUCUGCAUUGUAAACCUGGCCAAGAAUGCAAAUUCCCAAACUAUCAACUGUCCCGAGUGUCGAUUGACAGUAGAGGUGAGAAAAAUGUACACUUAAUGCGGUCUACUAAUAAUUUUACUCUUUCUAACACCAGACUAUUUAACUAACCAGGAUAGCUAGCACUGGCGCUCUGUUACAUACAUACCGCACAAGAUAUUAUAGUCUUCAAAAUUUUAAUGUUCAAUGUAAAAAACGGCGGUUUAUAAAAUUAUUGACCAUGCUCUCAACCAUAAUAUCUCCGUCUCUGUUGAGUGAUCACACUUUACUUUAUAUGAGCUAUAUUUACAUAAAUUUGAAAGUUUAAAUUAAAACUAUCACAACAAUUAACCUAAUUUCUAAUGCGUAUUGCCUACUAUGCAUGCAUGAUCGAACUACAUAAAUCCAUAGGGCCUUUAUUGUCCUUAUCAUCCUCACCCCGAAUUAACGGCUACAAACUGUUAAUUGCUAUCAGGGCCGUCGCGAGCGGGGGUGUGUGGGGGGGUGCUUCACCCCCCCAAUAAUUUUUGCAAGUCGGCCCCAGUCGGCAAAUUGCUUGGUUACUGUUAGGCAAAUUGCGAAAUCGGCAUUCAGCAAAUUGUAAAAGUUAAGAACGAAGGCGAUAAAUAAAGCAAUAAAUUUUGGAUUUAAAAUAAUGGUUUGUGUGGCCUUAUGUCAAAACCAUUUAAAUGUAUUUCUAUUUUCUAGUAAUACUAUUAGUCUUUUAUUUGUCAAAAAUCGAUGUGAGGCUGAAAUUUGAAACCCACGUUUCCGGGCAUGUUCUUCGCUCGACUGCUCUUAAGGCCUGAUUCUACGGGUGCUUUUUCUCGGCGAAAUGCGAAAUAUUUCGCCUGUUUCUUUUGAAUUGUGGGCAAUCAAGUAGAAAUAAUUUAUUCGAGUGGUCGCAAUUCAAAAGAAACAGGCAAAAUAUUUCGCCGAGAAAGAGCGCCCGUGACCGUGGAAUCAGACCAUUAUAGCGAAGGCUCUUUGUCAAUUAUGCGCGGUUCAAAACCCAAAAGAAAAAAAAGAAAACUUUAGUGUCUUGAAUGUAAUUUGAUUUUUGACGACGAUUACCGUAUAAAGAGGCACGAGCAAACUUGUCAUAAGGGAAACCGAGUGCGAGUAGCACAUAAAGACGUACCAGCUAAUCCGUUUGAGACUGCAAAACGGAGUCAAAGCCAAAGAGAAUAUUUUGAGUCGUCAGAGGCGCAAGAUCCUCAAGAAGACUCCACAUGCACAUGAGAAGAAGACCAAGAGAAAGACGAGCCAUAACAUAAGAACGAACUUGUCUUCUUUAGUUCUUUAGCGAAAUUACUGUUAUAACUCUGAUCAGCCUACAGUUUUUGAAAGACAUACCGCAUACAGCGAUUGUAUCGGUAUCAUCGGUUGCAUAUGAUCAUAUCCGUUUUACUCGCUUUCUGACGCAUAAAAUUUAAACUCUUGGAAAAUCGGGUCAUACAAAAGCCCAGUAACACUAUCUGGCACUAAGACUGCUCAAAAUACAAAAAAUAUCAUAAAUUGUCUAUUCGGCGCCUGGGGAUAAAAAAGGUCAAAUUCAUCAAAUUGCCAUGAAAAUAUUGAAACAAAAUAUCAAUGCAAUCACAUGCAGAUACUUGGAUAACUUUUCUGACUUUGCGGAGAUGCGCGUCUGAACCACAGUCUAAGGCACUCGUUACUCAGACUAUAUGCACACGGUACCGUUUCCGAGCGUUUUUCGGUUUUUGGGUGUAUAAAUGUGUUAAUUUCUGAAACUGAAAGUACCAUUUUCACGUACGUUCUGUUCACACGAAAACGUGUGAAAACGACGUCAGGAAGCAAAAACGUUUCAAAUAGUGAAAACGAUGCCAAAAAGAUUCGUUUUCUAUGUCUGAAACGUUUGGUCGUUUUGGCACUUUGUUAUUGUGUAAACAGAAAAGUGGAAGGCGAAAAUGAAAUUCUGUGUUUGAACUUUGGAAACGAAGACUAUAAAGAACUAGUGCUUUGUCAGAAAAUGCUGCGAGGAAAACGACUAAUGUGAACAAGGCGCCUAAACGCUAAAUUUGAAAACGGCACUGCAAAAACGCUCAAAAACGUGACCCGUGUGCACAUAGUUUCAGUCUCGAUUUAGGACUUAUGAAAAUACAGUAUAUAUUAUUUUAAAUUUAAAUCUUUUUCAGCUUUAUAUGUUUAAUAUAAAUAAAUUAAAAUAAUACUCCUAUCUGAAAACAAACACACGAAAAUAAAAUAGUGCUCAUCAUUGAGCUGUGGUUGCAGUUAUUGCAAUUGUGUCUUUCGAUUUCGUGACCUUAUAUUUGUUUGUUCUUAGAAUGUCAUAUUUUAUAUAUAAAGGAACCCGAUUUCGUUUUAGCAACAACCCACGAACAGGCAUCCAUUUCAAAACAAGAGCCAUAUCGGUGUCCCUCAGUUACUAGCACACCAAUAAUCAAUAUGAUUCUCAUUACAUAUAUCUAACCUUUACCAACGUUUGAAAAACUCGGCAAAUUCAACUAGCGUCACUCGGCAAUUUGACUUUCGACACCCUCCCAAUCCAUAUCCCUUCGCAACGGCCCUGAUUGCUAUUAACUAAUUGUGCCAAAUUAACGUUUUUCAACACGCAAAGUUUCAUAAUUGGUCUAGUAAGAUCAGUUCUACUUGAUCUAACGACUGCUGAUCGCACUUUACCAUCUUUUCCGAGAUGAACUUCCACUACUCGAGCCAACAGCCAUUGUCCUCUGGGAGCAUUUUCUUUUACAAUCAGUACCACGUCGUUCUCUUUAACAUUUGUCUCUGGAAAACACCAUUUUUGCUAGCUCAUCUGCAAGGUAGGAAAAUACUCCUUUAACCAUCGGCGCCAAAAGAUGUUGGCCAGGUACUGGACUUGUCGCCAUCUUUGUUUUACAUACUGAUCAUUCUUGGUAAAUACCCCAGGUGGAUAUGUUGAAUUAGAACGGAGCAUCAAUAGAUGAUUUGGUGUCAAUGCUUCAGCGUCAAAUGGGCUAUCUGAAUUUGGUGUUAUGGGUCUGCUGUUUACGAUUGCUUCAACUUCAGCCAUGGUUGUUUUGAUUAAAAUUAUGAAGACUAUAAUAUCUUGUGCGGUAUGUCCGUAACACAGACUGCCCAUGUUCCCAUCAUGGUCAGGCAAACUUUUCAGCUUGCCCGGUGUGGAUGCAUAGUCAGAAUAACACCACAAACAAUUAUUACGCCCUAAUAUAUGAUGUCCUACUUUAUUAUUUUACUUUCUCUAAUGCCAGAUGAUUUUAUUCGUCGAGGGAAGAGCACUGGUGCUCAAUGGGUUAAUUCUUCCUCCCUUUGUAUCAAAUGAAAUAUGUUUGUAGUGAUUGGAUUAAUUGAUUUCCCUUGCUCGUGUUAGCAUGAUAUUUCAUUUUGCUUAGUUUACACAAUAAUGAUAAAUCAUAUUUCUCAACUGUAUUUGAUGCUACAGUAACUACAUUAUACAGUAUGCUGAGCGUAGAAACUAAAUCACCCGGACUGAUCGACAGGUGGUUAUUUCGAAUCCUGGGGCUGGGGCUAGCCAGAAUUUGAACUUUUCUGAAGUAUUAUAUUUUAUGGACAAUUUUAGUAUUUUAGAAAUUUUGGCUUGUUACAUGGCUGGUUGAAGGAAACACCGUCCAUUUUUCACCUUACGUUUUUGGAACAAACGUUAAUUAAACAGUAAUUGCAUAAGCGUUCACUGAUCAGAUAACUAUUAUACGCUGCAUUUAUUGUUAGGCCAGCUUAGAGGUUGAUAUAUCCCGGUAUUUGGCAAGAGUAAUUUUGUCGGCUAUAUAACGCACGUCGUAAUACGACAUGGGUCACACACGUAGAGAUGCACAACAUAUAACAAAACCUAAAGCAUGCAGACAUUCCAACGGUAUUGUUAUCAGGACGUGCUCACUCUUCAGUUUUUGUUUCCAGCAUGCAUGUCGAUAAAUUAUCAAAGGCCUGUUGAUAUUGACAACAUAUAUAACGAACCUGAAGCAGGUCUGUUGAUAAUUUGUUAGAGGAUCUUUGACUGUUAACAAGUUGUGAGUGACAAUCUUAUAAAACUUGAGAAACUAACAACGUUGUUACAACUUGUUGGCAAACUUGUUACAAGUCUGUUCAGUGUUGACAAGAUUUGAAGAUUUUUGUUUUUGUGUAUAGCUAAAUUUGGCAGCAAAGUUUACAUAAACUGGAAAGUUAACUCCAAUUAAUAAGUCCUAUUACUGGUUGAUAGCUAGAAAAUUGCCGCUAUUGGAAAAUUGUGCUUUCAAAAGGUCUAGGGAGGGCUUUGAGGUGUGGGCUAUUCAGUACAACGUUUUUCUGACUGUUACAGCAAACAUUUGAGGGAACUUAUUUCCCCAGUCUUGAAAAUUCACAAACGUGGGGACGUGUUGAAGCUAUGUAUGUCCUUGUAUAAUCCCGAAAAAAUACUUUAAAACCUUCCGUAGAUAAGAAAAAAAACUUGUUAUGUACUGAAUUCUAGGUCUUGUUGUUUAUCGUAAGCUUUAUAUAGUCCUUGCUUUGAAACUGGUCUUUUCUCUAAGACAAAUAUUUGAAUUUUUUCAGUCGUUUGAUAGACUUGGCUAGCCAACUGGUAUAGCUGCACUUCAAGAAAGCCCCUUUAAUAAUUUUAUUUACUUGUUCUAAAAACGUUAUCCAAUGCAUAGGUCGACGAAAACACUGUUUCCACUCUGCCAUCAAACUUCUUCGUCAACAAUCUCCUAGCAACAAUGGCGCUGACAACUGACAAGCCCGCUGCGAAGAAGAUUGUUUGUGACAGUUGUGACAGCGAAGAUGCUGCUCAAAGCCGUUGCAAUGAAUGUGGAAUAUUUCUUUGUCCAUAUUGUACCGAGUUUCAUCAACGAUCUCGGUCAAUGAAACAUCACGAGCUGAUGACGAUGGAGCAAUUGAAAUCCAAUCCAGGUCCCCAGAACAUUGCUGAGAAGAUACGAUGUCCCAAACACAAGGACGAAGUCAUCAAGUUGUUUUGUAAAACAUGUCAAACAACCAUUUGUAGAGAUUGCACCAUCGUUGAUCAUCGGCAGCAUGAAUAUGGGUUUGUUGAAGAAGUCGCUGUCGAAGAAAAACGUCAUUUGCAAAGCAAUCUUAAUGAAGUAAAGCAAAGAAAAGGAAGAGUUGCACAGGGAAUUGUAAACCUGAAGAAAUUUAAUGAAGGUCUGGAGGCUAAGAAGAAGUCAACAAUCUCAGAAAUCAGUCAGCACUUCGAUCAACUUGUCAAAGCUGUGGAAUCUCGGAGAAGAGAAAUGAUGGAAAGAGCGACUUCUAUCACGAAUUUCAAACAAAAGCAGAUUCACGCGCAGUUAGAGGUCUUAGAAGUGGCUUUAGCAAGUUGUGAAAGCAGCAUCGAGUUUACAGAGCAAGCGUUCAAGAAUGGCAACGAUGUUCAAAUAUUAAGCAUGGAGAAGUACAUUUUGCAGUCUUUGGAGCAACUGAAAGCAGUUAAAGAUCAAACGGAGCCUUGUGUUACUGAAGACAUCGUGUUUAUUAUUCCUUCGUCGGUGCAGGAAAAAAAGAAAGAGUUGUUGAUUGGGUAUGACGUAGGUGUCGCUGUAGCAAAUCCUGAAAGUUGCACGGCUUCCUUUGAAGAAACUGAAGCAACAUUCAAUGCUGCGAAACAGUACUGCAUAACAUUAAUCUGUCACGACAAAAAUAACCGAAGAUUACGAUACGGAGUUCAGGACAUCAAACCGUCGUUCACUGGAAUGGAGGUCAGUGAUGUUGUCGUUACUGAUAAUAAAGAUAGCUCCUACACCAUCAGUUUUUGUCCUCGUCAGGGUGGCAUGUUGAAGUUCGAGGUAUCCAUCAAUGGAACGCCUGCUCCGAAAUGUUCUUUGACAAAACAAGUGAAGUGGGUUAUAAGUGAUGUUCAUGGUAAAGGUCCUAUUACUGAUGAUGGACGUACAAUGAGGGGUGAUGGUGGUUACUGUUGCAGAGUAGGUGGAUGUUACUUUGAUUCCGGAGUUCACACGUGGAAAGUUCGAUUGAGAAACCUUUUGUUUGGUGAUCCCACUGCUGAAGUUGGAAUCAUCGACUAUGACGAAAUUAAUGCAUAUAUGGCUCAAAGCAAAAGGAAGUGUGUUCAUAACCAUUCUGUCCGAGCUGGUCCCGGUGAUGAUAUUUCCUUCAAUCUGGACAUGGAAAAAAGAACAUUGAACGUCAAAGUUAAUUCGACUCGUCAUGGCUCUAGUACUAACAGCUAUCAGUUCACUGCACGUCGUGUUUCACCUUUCUUUGCGUCCAGCUCAUCUUUUCUGAGUAUUAGUUUAGUUGAAUGAAAACAUUUAACUGUCGGUGAAAUUCAAUGCUGCUUGUAAACGGGAAAAAAAACUGCAGGAAAAUCGCAAUGCCAGCUAAAACGCGAGUUUCGUAAAUUAUUGUUUUAACUGUUGCUAAAAUAUAUCGAAUAAAGCUAAAACAAAGUAAUUUUGAGAGGAACGCCAAAAAGAUUUUAGGUUUUGAACACUUUUCAUCGCAAAUACGCGAUGUUGAAAAAAAUUGUCUCCUGAAGGUUCAUAUCGGAAUUUGAAAUUUUUCUUAACAGUUUUCCUGUUAACGAGAUGAUCCUUACUGGACCUUUAGGAAGAACAGUUUAGGACUAUAGAGGUAGUUUAGCUUAGUUUCGCUUACCUCAGAUUAAAAUCGUUAUAGUUAUUAUAAUUUCUCCUAAGAUUUAUUUCGUUGGCAAAGCCCAGGAGUGGAUUAUCGUCCCCCUCUUCCACAUAAUGAAUCCAGUCCCCCCCCCCUUCACCCACGGUCACAUUGCCAAUUUUCACUUGCUUUAUUCUCCCCCCGACAUAGUCUCGAGCUUCAAGUAUCAGAACAUUUGUGAAGCCAUUGUUUUGAAGAUGAUGGCCCGCUGUGAUUGCCGAUGAAAAAAGUUCAAAACCUAAAAUCUUUUUUUUGGCGUUCCUCUCAAGAAUACUUUGAUUUCGCUUUGUUUUGUAGCUUACACAGUUCGCAACGUUUUUAAACGUACCUGGUGGUUGAGAAAGACAAAAUAAUAGUUAGAUAUUGUCAAUUUAAAUGUAUUUAGUACUCAGUAGUUAUUAGUUAAUCAUCGAUGCUAUAAAAAUAGUAAAGUUGACGCCAUAUUUAUACAGCAAUAUAAGCAAAAUUUACUGAACUUCAGAGAUCAGUUCCUCUUUGGCGUACCAUCUAAAAUCUCUUCAUUUUUGCAGAAUUUGACAGAUUUUUUUAAAAUUCAGAUACUUGUAAAGUUUGUUUGCUGCUUGAGAAACGUAUUAAAAAUUUAAAAAUUUGAAUAUAGUCAGGGCAUUUUUUAACUAUAUAACUACUGGGGCAUAUACCCCAGUAGGUCCUUUGCUUGCCCCAGCAGUGAAGCAUGAUUUUCAGAUGAGCUAUGGGCCCUUUUGACUGCCUGCUUUCUCAUAUCCUCUCACAUUAUCACACCAUAGCGCUGCCCCUGAACACAGGGUGAUUUUUAUGUACCAGUAACUGUGUGAGGAAAAGGCCCUCAUUGAGACUUGGCCCCAGUAGUUGUAAUUUCUUAAUAUAGUCAUACCCAAUUAGUGGAAAAGUAUAUUCAUUAGUUUUGUGCGCGUGUACAUACAAAUGAUUCUCGUCUUAAUCAUCAUGUCAGAAGAAGACUGGUCACAAGAUACAAAAAAAUUGAGUUGAUAUUGGAUAAAUGAUUCAAAUGUUACUGAGAGUAAAUCAUGACACGUGAAUUUUCCUGACUGGAUGUAAAUGUCACCCAACACUGUAAAUGAAUAUAAAUAUGAGAC